AUGAUUGUUGCUGGCACACUAACUAAUAAAAUGGCAUCAGCCUUGCGCAAGGUUUAUGAUCAAAUGGCAGACCCGAAGAUUCUAACAGACUAUGGAUUCAAAGGUCAUCCAAUGUUAAAAGAUUUCCCUCUCACUGGUUAUGAGGAAGUAAGUUACGAUAUAGAGGCAAAAAAGGUUGUAUAUAAUCCUAUAGAUUUGUCGCAAGAUUUUCGUAUGCUUGAUAGCCUAUCGCCUUGGGAAGGAAAUAUCGGUGGAACUCUUGCCCAUAUGAUUGCACUAAGGGAACUCGGCAAUCUUGUUUUACUUGAUAUUAGUGAUGAAAUACCGCAAGGUAAAGCUCUCGACAUAGCAGAAUCAUCCCCUGUUGAUGGAUUUAAUUCUGGUUUAACUGGAACUAAUCAAUACAAAGAUAUAGAAAAUUCUGAUGCAAUCAUCAUAACAGCAGGCAUUGCUAGAAAACCUGGAAUGAGCAGGGAUGACCUCCUGCAGACCAAUGCUAAAGUAAUGAAGGAGGUUGGUGAAAAUAUUAAGAAGUAUUCUCAAAAUGCGUUUGUAAUAGUGGUUACCAACCCUUUGGAUGCCAUGGUUUCAGUGUCGCAUAAAUUUUCAAACCUUCCAGCUAAUAUGGUUGUUGGAAUGGCAGGAGUGCUCGAUUCUUCCCGUUUCCGUUAUUUUCUUGCAAGUGAAUUAAAUAUUUCAGUUGAAGAUAUAUCUGCUUUUGUGCUUGGAGGACAUGAUGACACUAUGGUACCACUCAUUAAUUGCACUUCUAUCGCUGGCAUUCCACUUACCCAAGUUAUCGAUAUGGGUCUCAUUACGCAGAAAAAAGUUGAUGAAAUAGUUGAACGCACUCGCAAUGGAGGUAAAGAAAUAGUUGAUCUGCUUAAGUCUGGAUCAUGCAUGUUAGAGUCAAAUUUAAAAGAUAAAAGGCGUAUAUUACUAUGUGCUGCUUACCUUAAUGGUGAAUAUGGUGUAAAAGAUUUGUUUAUUGGUGUUCCUGUAAUUAUUGGAAAAAAUGGAGUUGAAAAGGUCCUAGAAGUUAAGAUGGAUAAUAGUGAACGAGAAAUGUUCAAUAAAUCUGUGAAUGCAGUGAAAGAACUAUUUAGGCCCAUAAGCAAAUCAAUGGUUUUAUAG